CGCUGCUGUGUCUCGGGUUAGCCACCGUUAUAAAUGGAGGCGCCAUAAAGGGAGGCCAUCCCGGAAGUUUCCAGCAAAAGAUCGUUGAGAUCAUAAACAAAGGUGAAUUUGUAGAAGAGGUGACAACAAAACCCCCUCAAACAAUGCCAGUGAAGGUGAUGCCAGCAGGUUUUGAUGGGGAGGAACCACCAGAAACCCCUGAAGUAAUAGCACUAGGUCUUCCAUCAUGGGCCAGCCUUCUCAUUUAUCCUAUCGACAUUACUUUCUCUUGUUUUGGGAGACCCUAUGGUUUCUAUGCCGAUAUAAAGAAUCAAUGCAAAAUCUACCAUGUUUGUAAACCAGUCACCGAUGCUGCUGGAAACGUCAUGCGGUAUCUUCGAUACAGUUUUGUUUGCCCAAAUCAAACUGUUUUUGACCAACGUGGUUUGGUAUGUACUCAUGCUCAUCUGGCUGUGCAAUGUAGUACGUCUCAUAAGUAUUUAUACGUGAAUGAAAACUUUGGAAAACAAAAUCCUGGAUCAUUACCAACUACCAGUCCUAUUACUCGACCUACAACACCUACUUCUGGCCUUCGUCCAAUUCCACUUCCUUUUAAACCACAUCCUGGCUCUGGUCCUCUUAGUCCUAAUCUUACCAGUUCUCCAUCAGGUACAAUCCCACCUGAGUGUAACUCAGAUGGCACAGGUGAUUCUCCAAUUCCUUGUAGAUACCCAGCCCCUUCUCCAGAUACAGCAAAUAUUUUAGUCCCGACCACUUCUGAAGCUAAACCUGGUUCAGUUAUUCCAGCUCCUGGACAAGUCGGUCCCGCUCCAGGCCCCCUUGUUCCAGCUCCUGGCGUUGUCGGUCCCACUCCUGGUGUCGUCGUUCCAGCUCCUGGUGUUGCCGGUCCCACUCCAGGUGUCGUCGUUCCAGCUCCUAGUGCUGCCGGUCCCGCUCCAGGUGCCGUCGUUCCAUCUCCUGGCCAAGUCGGUCCUGCUCCAGGUUCCGUCGUUCCAGCUCCUGGCCAAGUCGGUCCUGCUCCAGGUCCCGUCGUUCCAGUUCCUGGCCAAGUCGGUCCUGCUCCAGGUCUCGUCGUUCCAGCUCCUAGCCAAGUCGGUCCCUCUCCAGGCCCCAUCAUUCCAGCUCCUGGCCAAGUCGGUCCUGCUCCACCUCAUGGACAA